GCUUUCUUCGGCUAGAAAUCUUCCAAAUACGAAGAUGAAAGUUCUAUUAGUCCUGGCAUUGGCUCUAUGUAUAGCCCACGUGGCAGUGGCACAAACAACUGAAACUCCUCCUGCAGAUGACUAUGAUGAUACUACAGAUGAUGCUGCAGAUGAUACGGCAGAUGAUACCGUAAAUGAUACUGCAAAUGAUAACCUAGAUGAUAUUGUAGAUGAUACCGCUGAUGAUACUGCAGAUGAUACUACAGGUGACUCCGAAGAUGAUACUGCAGUAGACGAUAGAGAUGCUGAAGACGAUAUUGGAAGCAGCUCUGAUACCGAAAGCGAUUCCGAUUAUGAUGAGGAAGCAGUAACUGCUGCAUCAAAAGCCAAGAAAAAGAGGAAAGGUGGAGCCAAAAAGAAAAAAAACAAUAAAAAGAAUGGCAAGAAAAAGACAAAACCCAAACGUCGUAAGGCCAACGGUGCCAAAAAUAAAAAAAUAAAAAACAGAAGGGUAAGAACCGAACCUGUUGCUGCUAGGAAGCGGGCAAAGGCUGGGGCCAAAAGACUCAGGCGCUCUGGAUAAAUCAAAUAUUAUUAUUUAAUUGACGUCUUUUUACAGUCUAUAAAAAUUAAAAACAUGUGUUUCGUUGCGUAAAAGAUUGUGGGUUUUACUUCAUUACAGUUUGAUUAGG